UUACAGGUCGGUCUCCUGAUCUUGGCUGAUACCCUCAACACGGCGUUCAAUAUUGCCUGGAUUUAUUCGGUCGUCAUCAAUAAUUUUGGUAACUUUAACGCCCUUACGAGAGCCAAUUGGCGUGACGUCGGGACUCAGUUCAAACAGGGUGUCCUCUCCAUGAUGGCUCAGCUAUUUUAUGCCCGGAGAAUCUGGAUUCUGGUCAGGAAACGAUGGCUCGUCGGGCUUAUUGUCUUGACCUCAUGCAUCUCUGGGUUCGCCGCUAUUGGCUCUGCAAUCGCCGUUGAUGUGCAUCCUUUGUUUUCGGAUCUCCAGACCAAACCCAUACCGGAAAUUGGGCUGACAUGGCUCAUAUCCUGCACCAUCUGCGAUAUCUCAAUUGCAACGAUCCUGAGUGUAUACCUUAGUAAGCAAAAGACGGGAUUCAGGCGCACCGACAACGCACUCCGACUCAUCAUACGAUCGACGGUCUCCAAUGGACUGCUGACGGCCUCAUUCACGAUAGGCCACAUCGUGUCAUGGUUAUCUACGCCGUUAGGCAUACAUUAUAUCUUCAACUACGGCGUCGUGAAGCUGUACACGAAUUCCGUCAUCUCCAGUCUCAAUUCCCGCAGCGAUCUUGCAGCACGCAUGUCUGCAGAGCUCAGCGACGUGGUUGUAGACGUGGGCACAAAAAAUGUACGUCGAUCCUGCCGUCGGUCGCUUCAUGUCCCUGAUGAGCGGCCAUUGCAUCACAGCUGCGCUUUGCUACUAGUAGCGCAUCUGAAAACGAUUCUGAGCGUCCCCACGUACGUCAACAAUGGCAAAAGCGAGUGCGGAAUGCUGACCCACGGCCUUGACAGGUUACGGUCACCGUGA